UUAUCAUACAUUGCGACAAGGACCUAUUUUAGUAGGGCUGCUUGCUUUUAUAAAUAUUUUAAUUAUGGACGUAGAUCAAACAGCAAGACGAACUAAUUAAUAGCGAUGAAUAAAAGACGAGCGCAUCAUGCGCUGUUUCUUUUGUUGUUUCUCGUCAAUGAAUUAUUUUUUGUUCAACCCGCGGCAGGCGCAAAUUGCACUUCAAAAUCAGCCAAUGAGAAUUCCGAAUGCCGUUUGAUAAAUGGAGGAGAGUCUUAUGAGCCUGGUGAAUCGGAGAGUUGCACUUGCACAAAUCCAAAAUGUCAUGGUAAAAGCAGUUCUUUGAUUUGCAACGAUGAUGGACAGUGGUACACGACGGCAAAAUCGGAUGGAACUAAAUUUGAGUGCCAUUCUUGCAAAAAUAUUGAUUGCGUCAUUAAAACAAAUCUUUUCCAUAAUUGCAAAGACGUUAAAAGGCAUUACAAAAAUAAUGAAGGAGAUUUGAAAUGCACAUGCAAAAGUGACAACAAAAUAAAGAUAUUGAAAGAUUGUGAUGCAGCGACAGGCGAUUUUAAAAUUAAAACUGAAGUCGGGUCACCCUCUAGUUGUGAUGAACUCACCCCAACCACCUUUCCCACGAAAACAACAACUACUGCAACAACAGAAACUUUGUCCAGUAAUUCAUCUGAUCCAAACCAUCUAAAUAUAAAAAGCACAGGAGCAGAAACGACAACCAACAAUUCAACGAUCAACACCGACGACAAAAUAAAUAAUGGUGGUAGCCAGGAAUUGAUGAUAAUAGUCAUAGCUGCUGUAGCUUCCGUUGCCGCACUCUUGUUUUUGAUUCUGCUGUGCUACUGCUGUUGCAAGAAAGACCGGAACAAAAGGAAUCUCAUUGUGGACGGCGCUGUGGUAUACAAAAAUCCACUUUCAUUGUAGUUAUUUCAAGCUAUCAAGAAUAUUAUUAAUAUAAGCCAUAUUAUUAUUUGUUUCUUCUGUAUUAAAAGUAAAAAAAUCAAAAGUAAGUCACGGUAAGUCGUAAGUCAGAGAUCAUUAAUUAUUUACUAAAAUAAUAAAAGACUUCACAUUUUUUGCUUUGCAAAGUGCACAUAACACAUAAUGUAUUUAUCAAAUUUAAUAUUAUAAUGUAUUGAUAUUGAUGACAUUUUAAUCAUUGUGUAGUCUCAUUUCUUGUAACAAUUUGCUUUGUAAUUGAUGGAAAUUGAGUAAGUUAUCUAAAUUAGGCAAACAAGAUUUCGCAAGAUCGAUUUAUAAAAAUUAAAAUUAAAUAAAUAUU